AUGCUUAAAGGGAUAUUUAAUAAUAUAUUUUUCCAGAGAGGGGGAAGAGAGGAAAGUGGAACAGAGUAUAAUCAUAUAGAUACAUUUGAUAAAACUACGAUAUCGAUACCUUCGUGUUCAGAAAAAACUAUUAGCAAUAAGAACAAAAAAAUAUCGAAUAUUCAAAAGGAUAAUAAAGAAAUUAAUGACAAGUCAUCAUCUUCAUCACAACAAAAAAAACGACGACCUGAAAUUGAAGAUGCAGUUAAAUUUCCAUAUUUCUCUCCUAGUAAAUGGGUUGAAAUAACAACGGAAGAAGAUUUGAAAAAAUCAUACGAUGAAAUUGUAAUAGCAUGGCGAAAGGAUGGAUCGGUGGCUUUAUAUGUGCCAAGAGAAGCGAUGAGAAUACGAGCGGUGAAAAAAUUUAGAAAUGGACGGGAUAAAUUUACUGAGUUAUUAAAACGUAUGAUAAUGUUCUGCGGUAACGACUGCUAUUCGGAUAACGAAUCAAUAAUCGUCAACACAGAAGAAUUAGGCACAACAUCGACUACUGUGAGAAAUUCAACAGUCUCUUCGAUAAUACCAACAGACGAAGAAAGACAACUGCUUCUUGCUUCAUCAUCAUAUUC